AGGAGCGCGCUAUAAGAAGAGAGGGACGCGUCCAAACAGUUAAAGCACCGAGAGAGGAGGAGAGAGGGGGAAAGAGCCAAGGUGAGGGACGCAGUGAUCAUGUGGUAAACGGCAGUGCGUUCAGGAUGAAGACUUGAGAACGUGGAGCCCCCCCCUCCCUCUCCGAGAGCAGCGAGGCUUCAUUUCUGCUCUGUGCGCUCUCUGUGCGCCAGGCGCGCCUCGGUGUCCCCGCGCGGCGAAACCCUGGAUGAUCGCAAAGUGUCAGCUUCAGCACCCGAGGAGAGGACAGCUCCGCUGUGUCUGCUCCUCCGGACCUCCGGACCUCCGGACCGCGACGACAGCCACCCUGCUGCAGGCAGCCGGUGAGGCCGGCACCUCCAGCCCGACACUCCGCCCCUGCAAGUCUGGAAGAAGUCUGAACACCCGCCGACGGAGAGAUCCGCGACUGACGGUGUGCUCAAUAUGUACCAGGGGCAUUUACAGGGGAAAGACUCUAGGGCUGCAGAUAAGACUGUUGCCAUGGUCCUGAAGGAGAUACCAAGUAAGGCGUCAUCAGAAGGGAAGCCCCUCCUCACAGUGACUACCAAGCUGGUGAGUGAGCAACAAGAGAGCCGCCCCCUUCUGAGCCCUUCCAUCGACGAUUUCCUCUGCGAGACCAAGUGUGAUGGGGUUUCCCGCCCAGUGACCUCCAACACAGCUGUUUUAUCUUCAACACUGGACCUGCUGGAUCUCAGUGAACCGGGAGGGAGGAGGAACAGUAAGGACAGGAAGAAUCUGCUGACGUCCCGGGGCAUCGGCCAGAAGAACAACCCGCACAGGAAGAAAACGGAUGAGACGGAGCUGAUCCAGGUGGAAGUUGAACAGACGGGACCGAGCAUGAGAACCCCAGAGAGAGCAUCACUUGACUCAGUUCCCAUUGAUUCACCGCUGGAUAAAUGGGAAGAGCUGAACCCCAACCCUGAGAGAAAUGGCAACAGGAAAUGGAAGCUGGAAAGACAGCGUUCAUCUAAAAAUUCAUCUAAUGAGUUUCUGUGGGCCAUAGACUGUAAAACCCAAUUAGAGUCAUCAAAUAAGAACUCCUUGGAAGCAAAUACCAAAGUCGAGCCAGAGUCUGUCCUGGCAUCUCAACUCAACAGGCAGUAUAUUAGUGGAAGACAUGCCCGUUUAACAAAGGAGCAGCGGUGGGGCAGCGCCCUCCUGUCCAGACAUCAGUCCCUGGAAGAGGAGUUUGAGCGAGCCAAGGCUGCAGUUGAGUCAGAUACAGAGUUUUGGGAUAAGAUGCAGGCAGAGUGGGAAGAGCUCGCUCGGCGGAACUGGCUGACAGAGAACGAGCAGGCACAGAUUCCCUCCAGUGUCUCGCCACAUGAGAAGGGUUACUACUUCCACACAGAUAAUCCUUAUAAGGACUUGCCUAACGCAUUUGAUGAGGGACAGAAGAAGUCUCGAGAGGGAGACUUGCCAAACGCGGUGCUUUUGCUCGAAGCAGCUGUCUUGCAAGACCCUCAUGAUUCAGAGGCUUGGCAAGUGUUGGGGACCACCCAGGCUGAAAAUGAGAAUGAGCAGGCAGCGAUUGUGUCCCUCCAAAGGUGUUUGGAGCUCCACCCAAACAACCUACCAGCCCUCAUGGCUCUGGCGGUGAGCCUGACCAACACUGGUAUGCGCCACGAUGCCUGCGAGGCCCUCCUCCGCUGGCUGCAACAUAAUCCUAAGUACAAGCAACUGCUGAAGGGUAAGAGCCACCUGAUGGGAUCCCCAAACUCCCAAGGCAGGAUGUCACAUGCUCUCCACAUGGGCAGACAUGAGAGCUCUAUGCAACCCGAAGUCAAGGAGCUCUUCCUGGAAGCAGUUCAGCACAACUCGGAGAGCAUCGACCCAGAUUUGCAGACGGGCCUCGGGGUGCUCUACAACCUAAGCGGAGAGUUCAACAAAGCUGUAGAGGCCUUCAAUACAGCGCUGUCGGUGCGGCCCGAGGACUAUUUGCUGUGGAACCGCCUGGGAGCCACGCUGGCAAACGGGGACCGGAGCGAAGAGGCGGUGGAGGCGUACACGCGAGCUCUCGAGCUGCAGCCGGGGUUCAUCAGGUCCCGCUACAACCUGGGCAUCAGCUGUAUUAACCUGGGCGCACACAGAGAGGCGGCCAGUAACUUCCUGACUGCCCUAAGCCUUCAGAGGAAAAGCCGGAGUCGCCAGCAGUCCCACCAGGUGAUGUCUGGAAACAUCUGGGCUGCUCUGAGGAUAGCUUUGUCCAUGAUGGACCAGCCCGAACUCUUCCAGGCUGCAAACAUUGGUGACCUGGAUCUUCUCAUGCGGGCCUUCAACCUAGACAUUUGAGAAAUGGGAGGUUGUGAUGAUAGCACCUCCCCCCUUCAAUUACUCCUCAGUUUUUACCCAACAGCCAAAAGCCCAAAGUGCACACGUCCGAAAAGACUGGAUCUGAUGUUAGAGACAAAAGUGUGGAUUUUUAUUUACGUCAAAAUUAACUGCUGUCCUCAAAGUUCUUAUAUUAUAUAUUUUUUGCCCAAGUACCUUGGAGCUGCUCCGAGGACAGGUUCUACCAAGUGCUUGAAGUGACUGCUUUGUGAUGGAUUUGCACUGCAAUUUGUGAUUUCCCUGAAGAGCACAAGGACAGGCAAAGAUUGUAUGAGCAAUGCCUUAGAGAACACAUCAAUUAAAAACUGACUCAUCCGGUGGAACAGAGCUUAGCGGACAGACAGUUUGAGAAUCUCACAGAGGAACUCUCACAUGCUGUUUGCAGGGUAAAGAGUAGGUUUUAAGGAGAGAAAAAAACUUCCAAAGACUCCAAACUGUCUCACUAUCCUGAGGGAUGGAUUUAGUGUGCAUAUGAUAAAGACUGCACUGUAUGACCUGGACCACUUCCUCCUGUCCUGGCUUGUUUUCAUCCUCUUUCAAUGGAGACUAAUGAUACUGCAUGACUAAGCAUUUUUCAUUAAUGGAUUCUUCUUUAAAAUGAACAUACUUUUAGAAGUUCCCAAUUGCACUUCAGACAAACAGAUAAACUUCCUAACCCAAGUGGAAUGUGCAAGCCAGGUUUUAAAGCCUUACUCAAAUGCAUGCGAACAACAAUAUUUAUUUAUACUAUUUUUAUGGCAACGAAACGCUAAGCCAUUUUCAGACAUAGUUAAAAAUUCUUUAAAUGACCGCUAUUUUCUGAACUUGAAAGCUUUCUGAGCUGUUCAUUGUGGUUUUCUUUGUUUUCUUUGAUGGAUCUUGGCUCCUAGCUUCCCUUCGUUCCCUUUAUGCUGACCGGUUGGAGAAAUACACACAAACGCUGGGCAGCAAUGUUGUUCCAGGUCUAAAAAUAUCUUGUUCAUUUUCACUUUCUGGGACUCUAGAAGCUUUAGCAUUUGAUGCCAGCAUUAUACCGUAAUUUUACCAGCUGUAUUCAUUUCAAUACAGUAUAAUCACCUUACAGGUAAAAGAUGUGUAGCUGCCAGCCAAGUAAAAAUGACAGCAUGGGUUUUUUCCUAAUGCAGUCAUUUGUAUCUUUGCGGCGCCUCCACAGGCAGCAGAGCUCAUACAUUUAAUUAAAUCAGUUUGCCUCAGUCAUUAUGUAUGAUUCAAAUAUUUAUGUUAGCCCAGACAGAAUGCCAACAAGCCAAAUUAUUUUAUUGGCCAGUAAUCUUCUAUUUACAUCAUGGUGCAUCUACAGAACACGUGAUUGCAUGAAAUGCAAUGACUCUCGUGCUCCAGAUAAAUCUUCUGCACCACCACCUCAGAGGCAAAGCCUUUUCUUAACACAUGCUUUUUAGCAGACAGCUUCUCUACGGUUUGAAAGUCACUCUGAGAAGUGAACAUCAUGUUCCUCAACCGUGCCACAGAGUAAAUGAUGGAUAAAAUGCUGCAGUGUGUAGCUCAGCACCUUGCUGGUUGACAGGUGUGUCCACAGCCUGGGUUCACUGUAGAAAGUUGUUUUUAUCUCUGAUCCUAUGCAAAAAGGUCAUGUUUUAUGUUGCCGUUCAAAAUUGUCUGUUUGUCCCUCCGUGGAAUAAAAGGAGGUAGUGAUUCUGUGCUUUGCAUGAACACUAAUCCAGAGACCAGUUCAAGAGGAAUUCAUCUAGCAAACUACGUAUAUACCGUUGAGGGUCAUGGUCUGUAUAAUUUUCAUUAGGAAAAUGGGGUACAACAAAAACAGAGGGAUUUAUUUUAUAGUCAGUGAUUCUUGAAAAAAACACACAUACACACCACCCACCUAAAGUGUAGCCUUCAUGUUUUAUCACCCUGUUGUGUAGCGAUAUGUCUUUUUACCUCAAUUGCACCCGACGGAAUCAGUGCUGUUUUGUUAUCUCACCUCAGAUGCACUUGGAGAAGGAAAAUUCUUCUUCUCAAGUGUUCAACACUGUAACUGUUGUUGAGCCAAUUACUUAAUAAAAAUAAUGUAAGACUUAAACAUUAGCAGUGAUAUGACUCUUCAGGUUGAGAAACACAAGUAGCUGCUUUAGUCAGAUUCUUCCAAAAGUCUCUGUGGCCCAUCGUGACGUUAGAUAGAUCAAGGAGGCAGAGGAACCCCGGUGAGACUCGGCACAUAUGUCCACGCCACGAACAAUAUCCAUCAGUGGAUGGUGAUGGUGACACAAUGACAAAGGUUAGGAGGCCAGAGCAGAGAUGGAAUGGAAGCACAAAUGUAUUCGCUCGUUGAGAUUUGUUGAGAUUGGAUGAUGAAAGUAGAAGAAAUUAACAGUGUAGCUUUUUAGGGAAACGGAACAGAGUUGUCCAUCAAUGUUAUACUGUCGAAAAGGUGCUUAUCAUUCAACUGCUAAAUCAUUGUCAGACAUGUUGGCCGCGUCGCUCUAUAGACGGCAAUGUUGGGUUUUCCACCAUUUUGGUACAGACUGGAAAAGCUCAAUAACUUAAAUUGAUUGCAAUGGAAUUUCCUUCAGACAUCAAUGCCCCCCUCAGGAUGAAUUGUGAUCACUUUAGUGAGCUGGCACCAUGAGAUAAAAUUGUAUCUAUCCAGUGGUCAGUGCAAAUUAGCAAUGUUUAGAGCACUAAUACUAAACUAAGGUGGUGACAAGGGUAGACAUUAUCUGAUUAUUAUUGGCUUGUCAUUGUGAGCAUAUUAACACAGAGUCGUAGAGCGGUAGACUCUUAGUUACAGCUUCAAACUACCGCUGCUUCCAUCACAUCUGUGUAUGUGCUCAUUCUGCAGCUAGAAGCACUCACUCCAUCCACUUUUCCAUAAACAAUGAACAAUUGUGGGUUCCCUGAGAGACUGACAUGGGAGCUCGUCUUUAGCCCAGUAUCAACUCUAUUUUUCUUGUCUUUUUUCCUAAUAUGAUCACAUAUUCUGUCCCUGGUCCUCCAACACUGAACUGUAGAAACCUCAAAAAGAUGAUGUCUGGUAAAAAAAAAAGUGAUUUCCAAAUCAACUCAAGUUUUCUUAUGUGGUUAUGGGCCUUUGCUUUUUUGCAUUUGAAAGAUAGGUGUUGAAAAUGGAAAAACUUAUUUUUUUAAAGAAAACCUUAAAUUACUGGCUUAAACUCUAAACCCCUCCUGCGCACAUUGGUCUGCAGCGAAUUGAGAUAGGUUACCUGUUUUGUAGAACCUACUACUGUACCUCCUCAGGUGAACUGACCUAGCUUCACGCAUGCUCCUGAGGAACUGAGGCUGAUCGCAUGAUAGAUCCUCUACAUUUUUUUUUUCUUGAAUGCUUUUUUUUCAUUUGUAUGCAUGAAAUACACGGACGACCGUUCUUUCUCUCUCACUAGCAUAUACAAAUGAAAUAUAUAUCACGACGUUUCCUUAUAUUUUUACAAUACACUUUUAGAAUCCGCAGCCUUGACAAGAACUGAGGUGCAUAUUCAGUAUAUAUUCUACAUAAGAUGCUUUCUCCUGCUUAGAACAAGGGAGUGUGUGAGGCUUGUUCACAAGGCGUAACACACUUCAUCUCCUCUGAACAUACUUGAGCUUCAACACUAGUAUAGUGCCAAAACUGGCUAAUGAUGGUUAUACUCUGUAUGAAUUGGUAACCACUGCUAUAACCCCAACCUAUAAAGCCUGUGUACCAAAUGGUUUUUUUAAUGUUGAAACUUGAUCAUAUAAAUAUACAUAUAUAUAGUUUUAAUGUCAUUUAGAGCAUUACAGCUUCGUUAGUUCUGUUUGGUCCCAGGAAAAACAUAAAAUUACAGAUCAUAUUUAAUUCAAUGAUAUUAAUAUAUUCCGUUUCAACUUUACACAGCCCUGCUCAAACUUACCUACCUAAUGGUGACGUUUAUAACUCCUCUCAUUAUGAUAACACUUGAUUGAAUUUGUCUUUUUUUGAAAAAAACAGACUUUAGAGCAGGUUAUUGAGGACAGUUCUGUGAUUGGCUGUCCUCUUGAAACAAAAAAGACUCACAAUUAUAACUGGCUAAGACUUUGUGAUGAAAAUUGUCAAAGACAUUAUAAAAAUAUAUCAAUCAAACUAAAUUAAAUUGAAAUGUUAUGUUAUCAUGAAAAGAGACAAUGACAUAUUCAGUAAUGUAUUUUGUCUGUAUUUAUUCAUGAUGUUAUUUAUUUCAUGACGUCUUAUUUCAUUGUUUUGCAGGCUUCAUCGAAUAAAAUUUCAGACUUUGGUUGAUAAAGCAUUUGUUAACUAAUGGCACAAAUAAUAUAUGUUUGGUCUUCUUGCACACCUUUUUAAAGCCUUUAUAAAAUGUUUAGUACACCUUCAUUGGUUGGGGUUCAUGAAAGUUAUCAGUUCAUGUGUACAUUUCUUUCUUCACUCCUUUAAUUCAAAAUGUGUACAAAAGCAGUUUGUCCUGGUUUAUUUAUCAAUGCAUCAGACUUAUGAAUAAAAUGAUAUUUUGAUGAAUGAACUUGGAAAAUAUAUACUUUAUAUAUAGUAGUUAAUUUAUUGAAACACCUACUAUAAUGCAUAUAACUCUCCCUGUAUAAUCACAAGGAAAGCAUUAGCACAUUUGAAAUGUACAAUAUGAAAGUCAUCUUUUAAAAUAAACUGUUAUUAUA